UCCCAGUGGGAGAAACGAAACGCAGCACUGGGAGUUUUCAAUACUGCCAACUUUAUCUUUUUUCCCAACACCAACCAAACAUAUUUUCGAACGCACUAAUGGAAUAUCGACAUAAAACCGAGGGAAAUGUCAAUUUUUUCUUAAUCUUGGAGAGAACGACUCUUGGAGAAAACUCUCUAGAGGGCAGAGAGGGAAUCUCAUGGUGGCAUGGCAUGGCACUGGCACGACGCGCUGGAGGCAUGGUGGGGUGGAAAUCCAAGCCAGUGAAGCAUUGAGUGUGUCCUCUCAUAACCUCUUCGGGAUCAGCGUUUUCGAGCUCUCUGCUUUUCGCGAGACGGCGUAUUUCCACGAGAGCGACGACUUUCGCUGGUUCACCUCGGCUCGGCUUCGCCCGAGAUUAAAGGAUUCAGGAGCGAUUUGUUCCAAGCACGAGCGUUUCCCUGUUCGAGAGAAUCCCUCAUAGAGCUUCGCGGAGCUUGCGGAGGAAGAGGAGCAGGAGACGAAGAAGGGUAACUCUAGGUAACUGCAAGUCACAUCCGUAAAGUGUGGGUCAUGCAGACCACUUGCAGAGUAAUGUAAUGAAUAGCUGUGGGAACUCUAAUAUUAGCACGAGGCUACGUGGUUCCAAGUGUGCCGAGACUCCAGACGAGUCUAUAAAUCAAAUCGGGGAGAUUGAGAAGGAAGGCAGUGGCGUGAUAAGUGGUUACAGUAUAAACGAGCUUAAUGUACCACGCAGCACCCUGGUCAUUUGCCAACGAAAUUCCAACUAUUCUUCGGAUCACGGCUUCACCAGAUUCAAACCAAGACUCAGCAGUGUUCCAAGAAAUGAAUUUCGAAUGGCGCGCGGCGGCAGCUCUGCAGAUCGUGCCAGAGGUGGGACGCGUGGGAGAGCCUUCAAGAAGAUCCUCAAUGAUCGCGAAUCAAACUCAGAGUCCAGCUACCACUCUACAUCUAGACCCAAGUUUCAAGAAUCGUUGAAAAAUCAUGAGAACGCACAGGGCAAAUACUAUGACGAUAAAAGAAUAAAUGAGGACUCGAGAAUUUCCAAACUCUUGCGACGACUGUGUCGCGAAGAUGAUUACGAUCACUUCAUGGUGCUCUGCAAGCAAGUACAAGAGGGUAUUCUUGCACCUGAAAAUCAACGAUACAUACGACGGAACCUGGAACUUAUUUGCGAGAAUCUGUUGGAUGUUUUGCAUUCUGGCCCUGGUCAAGAAGCAAAACAACAGGUUGCCAAGUGCUUGGGUCGCAUUGGAUAUGUGGUAGAACAAGAUUUUAAAAGAUACAUGGACUGGACCUUCAACAAAUAUUCAUUGGAACGUAAAGAUGAUAUAAAAUGCUUACUAAUAAAAUCAAUUAGCGAGACACUCAAGAUGGAUGCUGAGACAUCUAAAUUGAAAGAUUUCUCUGUGCCAAUGAUGUCCCAAUUACAAUCGAUAUUGGAAAAUGUUGAUAGAGCGGAUUUACUGGUGGCGACUGUCGAUGCUAUUUUACUCAUCAUAGAUUCCUAUCCAGAGACAUUCACCAAUCACUUUCGCGAUACCGUGGACAUACUUGUAGGUUGGCACAUUGAUUCCACGCAGCAAAAGUCCGUCGUACUUUACGCAAGUCGAUGCUUGCAAAAGCUGCGCUCGUUCUGGAUAUCGGAUCUGCAGUUUACAUUGACCUUGCUAGGCCAAUUCUUGGAAGAUAUGGAGGGCUACGAUGAGGAAUUGAGUUCACCUGAGUCUGGUCGUAUCUCACCCCACGGUGACGAUGGAUCUCCGACACCAAGGGAAUGUAUUCUGAGAAUCACGUCCUUAAUAUCUGUCUUUAACACAGUAACCAAGAGCAUGUCCGAGCAUUUAAAUCCGAAUUUUGCGCCCAGCGUACAAUGGUCUUUUCUAACGGAUUGCUUAUCGAAGAUGCUAAAGACUGUCGUCAAGGCGAUCGAAUUGGAAGAAGAGAACGAUACCUGGCCCAAAAUUGUGUCUAACGAUACGGAGAAUUUGAUGAAAUGCCUCAAGAACAUCAGCUCGUCCCAGAAACACGUCGAAAUGCUCUCGAAGCAUUUCGAUAAGGACGAGAUUACCGAGGAAAAUCUCGUCAGGAUGAUGAAAUCGUUGAUUAUAAAUAAGAAGACUGACAAGAAAAAUUUCAGGAUAAUCUCUGAAAAAGGUUCUCUGUCGAAGGAAAAGGGGCAAUUGUUGAUGAACGUUCUACGAUCGGUGGAGCCAAAAGCCAAACAGGCCGAUUUAUCGGAAGAGAAGGAGGAACUGAUCGUCGUCGCAAACGAAUGCGCUUUCUUGCUUCUUGGCUAUCUUCAAAGUCGCAUCGCAAAAAAUCACGAGCUCCUCUACAAAUUUAUCGAUCUUCAAUUGCAGCGAGUCAAUAUCUUCUGGGACGACACCAUUAUCUCGAUGCUGACCGUCAUAUCGAAAGUAAUAAAGGAAGUGUCUGCAAAUUUGCCGCUGGAGUUGGUGCACACGUUGCUCGGCAAAAAUUCGGCAUUGCUGAAGCUGAGAUUCCGAAAUUCUAUCCCCAUUCAGAACGCGUGUCUGGGCGUGUAUCAUAGCCUCCUCAGCUUGAAGAAUAUUCCGUUAUUGCAGGAAUCUUAUCGCUAUAUCCUAGCAGACUUGGAGAUCGCUUAUAGGCUCAUAUUGCCCGAUAUGGACAGUUUAGUCGUGGACAAUCCAUUGAACGACUUGGAUUACACAAAGAGCGACAUUGAGAUAGUAAUCACGUUUAUACUGCUUGCGCUUUCUGACAUAGCAAAUGCGAGCAAUUCGAUUAUUGGAAUGUGGGCUUUAAAGCCCAGCAUCCUCGAACUUCUUGCAGUCAAAUUAAGACCAUAUGACACUGCGCUAUCUACCAUCAGUCCAUUCUUGCAAUAUAGUAUUCUGUAUUUGCUUUAUGCUCAUUGCUCUAGAUACAAUCACUUUGUUCCAAGUUCUAGCUUGAUAACCGGCAACACGACUUGUCGGCCGAUAGAUAUGUUCCCCGGAACUUUAGAUGUACCAACCACAUCGCCUACCAGCGGUCAUUUAUCUAUAAUUCUCAAUCUGAUAGCGAAGACGUACAACAAAAAAACGCCCGUACGAAUUUUGCUUCUUUUGUCCAAUUGGCUGCAAGAGAUUUGCGUACAAUCCGAAAAAUAUAUCGGGAUCUUGAGCAAAACUCAGGAGUGCCAGAGUAUCACCACGAGUUUAAUUAAUUGCGGAGCUACGACUAAUGAUGACAUUGCGAUCGCGGUGUGCAAUCUCUUGGAGAUUUUGAUGACCGCGAAGAAGGUGGAAUGGAAGCAGGAGAUUUAUUCGAGCAUCGUAGAUUUAGCGACGUUGCAUUUAACGUCGUGCGACAAAACGAUCCGCGAGAAGUACGGUUCGCUACUAAUGUGUAUGCCAAUCAACAUUGUUAUACCAAAAUUGAAUAAGGAGUAUUUAUUCUCAGACACUAAGAAAAUACGAGAAAUUGAAACAUAUUCGACGGAAUCGCUAAUACUUGCUCAAAGAUUGCACAUGCGAGGUAAUAAUAACGGGGAGUUAUUGGCGCAACAUUUCAAAACGUAUAUGGCGUUUCUGUUGCAAGAGCAUUACCUCGACGCGGCUGGUUUGUCAGAAAUAUUUACUCUCUGCUGGCCAUCUAUAUCGGAAAGUGAAACUACGGCGAGGAUGUAUGACUUGGCGCUGGCAAAUUGUUCAUUCUUGUUCUUCUGGAGCGGCUUCGAGUCGGCGCAACAUUGCGUGCUCAACAAGCUCCGUACAUUUCUGGGAAAACCCCAGGAAACUUUUACAUCGAUCGAGAGUGCUCUGAAAGUUCUGGCUCGCGAGAUAUCUUACAACACAGACGUGAUAGUAAAGAAGGAGAAACAAAGCUUGGAUCGCAUGUUGCACGAGCAUACGCGGGUACGUCUUUUUAUAGAGUUCCUGGAACACCUGGAAAGAAUGAUUCACAACGCGGCAGAUGGUUGCGCGAUGGCGCUCCUGCCUUUGUCGAAGCCAGUCAGGACCUUUUUCCAUACAAAUAAAUCGACGUGUAAGGAAUGGUUGAAUCGCAUACGACUGGCCUUGUGCGUCGUCUCGUUGCACUCAGGCCUGGCGACGAACGCUCUACGAAACGGUCAGAGGCUGCUGGAAGACUUGAGCAACGCUGAUAACACGCAGGGGAUAGAGUUUGAGAGAGCAACGUUGUGGACAGCGCAGGCGAUGGUCGCGCUGAACGAGGCGGAAGCCUUGCAAGGACUCUACGUGUACACCAAGACAAAGGACAGGCAGUUUCCAUGGCUGAAAGCUGCGAUGGAAGAGGCCGCCGGACAUUACGAGUCGGCAGUGCAGAUUUACAAGCAGAUAAUCGACGAACAUAUGCAUGCUAAAACGGAUGAUGACGAGAACGGUAGAGCCACGAGGCUCGAGAGUGACAAUCAAGUAUUGGGAUUUUGCAUGCAGCGACUUACCAAUUGUUACAAAGCGGUCACCGACUGGUCCGGGUUGGUGGAUUGGAAAUUACAAGAAAAUGAUAUACUAACGCAAGAAAGAAAUACCGUUUUGCGAAGACAAAUUGCGGAGAAUGUCGUGUUGGAGCAGGCAGAUUGUUUGAAGAGGUUUGAAGAGGGGGACCUGAUCAACGUAGACGAACUGACAAAUUGGAAUCUGCUGGACGACGAGAAGAAGGGUAGCUGGAGUUGCGCGAAGGCGCUGAGCGAAUGUAGCAAUAGUCUGGUGAACAUUGCUCUGAGGAUUCGCGGUAACGAAUUUAAGGACUCGUUCGGGAACGUUAUCGAGAAAUGCGAGAAGGUCGCGGCUAAGACGAUGCAAGACAGUUUGCGAAACGUACCAUCGGAAUACCUAAAUGACGCUAUAUUGCUUCAGUAUUCCGCAACGGGACUGAGGAAUUUGUUACGUGGUAAAAAUGACGAAAACGUCUUCGAACUCUACAAGAUCGAUAAGAUCAAUUACAUUAACUCCAACAUUUUAACGCAAGUCUUAUGGUGGUCCAAGUAUUUUGAUCAACCGACCGACAAUAGUUCCACGGAGGUGGAUAGUUUACGAUUGCACGUCAUUCGAACGGCCAGGAAGGAAGGCAAUUUUAAUUUAGCGAAACGGGAGAUGGUCAAGUACUUCAAACUGGAACAAGAUUUGAUCCAACUGAAAAAUUCGACCGCCACCUGCACCUUCGCCGACAUCACCAGCAGCAUGCUGAACGGGCCCGUUCACGUAAAGUGGACGAAAAAUAGCAUGCGCGCUUUCAGAGAAUUUUCUAAAUUGCUGUACGACAUGGAGAACAUGAACGAGGCGUUGAAAGUAUGCUGCGUAACUUCCUUGGGGAUUUCGCAGGCGAUCGUCAACGGCGAACAGUCCGCCGAUUUGCGGGAGAUGGGAACCAAGCUCCUGCUCACCCUAAGUAAAUGGAUACAGCAGGACAUGAAUGUAAAGGACAAUCCUCAGCUGGAAGAAUUGCUCAGAUUCGAAGCCGUGCACAACGAUGGUCUGAUGGAUAAACUGUUUGGCGACACGAUCGAUUUGAUCCCGACGUCCGACAUGAUAAUCGGCAAGCUGAUGCAGCUCGGCGUGAACCAGUGCCCGGAUCUGCCGCACGCGUGGUCCAAUUUCGCCGCCUGGUGCUACAAGUGGGGUCGAAAGAUCGUGGACAACUCCAACUCUGGCCAAUUGACGGACACCGAUCGGUUCAACAUACAAUCCCUGCUGCCGAUGGAUACGACCGAGGCCGACCUCAACACCGUCUUCUGCAUACUUAGCCAGAACAAGACUAUACCCGAGGAUGAGGGCGACAUAGACACAAACGACGUGAACACAUCCGACAUGAUAGAGAACCAACUGAGGAACGUCCCGGUUUUGAAUCACGCCGGCAACGAACACCUUCUCGGCAUGCUGGUCGACAUUUGGCGACAGGCGCAGAAGAGGAUCUACUCGUAUUACGAGCUAUCGGCAAAUGCGUACUUCAAGUAUUUACAGUUGGCUAAUAACGAGAGCAACGAGUGCGACACCAUCACGGCAACGUUAAGAUUAUUAAGGCUUGUGGUAAAGCACGCGCUGGAGCUGCAGAACGUGCUCGAGGCUGGCCUCUCGACAACACCGACCGCGCCUUGGAAGGAGAUUAUACCGCAGUUAUUCUCGAGACUCAGCCACCCUGAGGCAUACGUGAGGACCCAGGUAUCCGAGCUGUUAUGUCGCGUGGCGGAGAAUUCGCCGCAUUUGAUUACAUUUCCGGCCGUGGUGGGCGCCGUUUCCGGUCUGAAGACCUACGAUAAGGUCGUCUACGAGAAGCCGAACGACAACGAUAAUUCGCAGAACGAAUUGGACUUGAAUGCCGCUGAGGAGGACGAGGCAGUCGCUUCGUACAGCGACGAGCACGAAGGUUUCAUGGAUUCCUGUUUCUCCCAAUUGGUCGAUUGUCUUUCGGGUCGCAUCCAGGAUUCGAUAGUCCAGGUGAAGGUGUUGGUGAAGGAGCUCAGACGAAUCACUUUGCUGUGGGACGAAUUGUGGCUGGCGACUUUGUGCCAGCAUCACACCGAGAUUACCAAGCGAUUCGAGCAGCUGGAGAUUGAGAUCCAGCGGGUGCAGAAUAACGUCUGGCUUGCGCCCGAAGAGAAGGACAAACUGAUCGCGGAGAAGCACAGAAUUAUUCUAAAGCCAAUCACGUUCAUCCUGGAAAAUCUCCUUUCUAUGACAUCUGUCCCUGCCGAGACUCCGCAUGAGAGAAAUUUCCAGGAGAAGUUUGGCGCCUCUAUAGAAGAGGUGAUAAACCGAUUGAACAAUCCCAAGAAUCCGUCCAAGCCGCAAAUGGCUAGUUUGGCCCUCAAGCACUUGGAGACCAAAUUGGCGCAACGCGUACACAGACGGGCCGCUUAUUCUCUAUCCAUGACGGAUAUCAGUCCUAUUCUAGCCAAUCUGAAGAACACAUGCAUCGCCAUGCCUGGCGUCGCUGCCGCCGACAACAAGAUCGUCACAAUCAUGUCGGUGGACAACAAUGUUCAGAUUCUCCCGACCAAAACGAAACCGAAGAAGCUGAUAUUCCACGGUUCCGACGGUCACGUGUACACAUAUCUGUUUAAGGGAUUGGAGGACCUGCACCUGGACGAGAGAAUAAUGCAGUUUCUAAGCAUAUGUAAUACCAUGAUGUCGAAGAACAGCGGUACGAAGAUGUACAGGGCGCGACAUUACUCGGUGAUUCCGCUGGGUCCUAGAUCAGGUCUCAUUCAGUGGGUCGAUGGUGUAACGCCACUGUUUAUACUGUACAAACGAUGGCAACAGCGCGAAUGCGCUAUGAGCAGCAAGAGCGGUGGCAAUUCAACGAUUAUGCGACCGUCGGAAUUGUUUUACAACAAGUUGACGCCGUUACUGAAGGAGUGUGGAAUCGGCUUGGAGAAUCGCAAGGAGUGGCCCACUCAUGUGCUGAAGAAAGUAUUAGAGGAGCUAAUGAAGGAAACUCCCAAGGACCUACUGGCUAAGGAAAUCUGGUGCAACAGCAUCAAUGCCGGUAGCUGGUGGCAAGCCACCAAGAAUUAUUCUUAUUCCGUCGCAGUAAUGUCCAUUAUUGGCUACAUCAUAGGCUUAGGUGACAGGCACCUGGACAAUGUCCUCGUCGACCUCAAUACUGGCGAAGUUGUGCACAUCGAUUACAACGUCUGCUUCGAGAAGGGAAAAACUCUGCGCGUCCCGGAGAAGGUGCCGUUCCGCAUGACGCCCAAUAUCAAAACGGCUUUGGGAGUAACUGGUGUCGAGGGUAUAUUUAGGUUUGCCUGCGAGCAUACCUUGAGAGUGAUGCGUAGAGGCCGCGAGACGCUCCUGACCUUGCUGGAGGCCUUCGUCUACGAUCCUCUGGUGGAUUGGCGAGCUGGCGCGGAUACAAGUAUAGCGAGCUACGGUGCCUGCCAGGCCAGGGCGAGGUGCACCGGUGUCGGGAGGAAACAAUUGGAACAGGAACUCACGCGCGCGAUGUUCGCCGUGAGAACGACGGAGAUGCGUGUCGAAUGGCUGGCCAAUCGGGAUGAAUUGGCCAAGAUCUUACCACUGCUCUGUCAUCACUUGAAUUGUUGGAUCGAGACGACCGAAGCGUUACGUCAGUGUCAGGAUUUACUGCAAGAUCGACAUCAGCAACUCGCGUUGGUGAAGGAGGCGCAGGCGAUGGGUCGGACUCAUGCAUUAUAUUCAGUCGUUAAUCGAUACAAUUCGUUUAAACGAGCACGGGACGCUCACGAAAAAGCAAAAGCUGGCUUAAAAGAUAAGAUAGAGGAAUGUGAGAAGCAGAUUAACAUGCAUAAUAUCGCGUUGGCUGCGGUACGAGGAUCCCAAUUGGGACAGUGGCUGGCCGAAUUGGGGAACUCGACGAAUCAAGAGGAUCACGUGGUGUUUGAUCUUGUGAAGGAGUUUUUACAAAACGCCGGACAGAGUCAAAUGAUAUUACAAUGCGAACAGUCAGAGAACGAAUUGACGCAACUGGCUACCCAGCAAUCCAUUCUCAUCCGCACUUGUUUGGACCUCUUGAGCCAGUAUUCCGCUAUCUGCAGCCUGUAUCCUCUCAGCACUCUAUCGCAGCAUCGUACCGUGCUCUAUCACACAUGGGCCAACAAACUAUUGACAUCAGGCACCGUCGAGGCGUGCCACGAAGUCAUGACGCAGUUUGAGGGGAACCUAAAUCCGAUCAACCCAAACAAUCCGCAGGUCCAGCAGAUAAUAACCUUCUCGUAUCAAAUGCAAGCGAUUCUGAACGAUUCGAACGAGAGGCUCAAGAAAGCUUAUGAAAGAAUAGUGUCCGAGGGCUUGCCGGAAGCUGGCAACAGAAUUGAGAAGGCAUAUGUCGAGUCGAAGACGCAGAUCGUGGGAUUUCUGCGACGAGAGAAAGGUGCGGAAAGGGCGCUCGAGUGCGUCAAUAUUACCGCGCUGUGUGCCCUGAAUAAGCGAUACCUGAUGAUGGAGAAUGCUGCCAAAUGCGCCGCAGAUUGCCUGGUGGAUCUCACGUCUCGUGAAGGGGACUGGUUUCUAGACGAGAUGCGUCUAAUGUCGUCCCUGAUCGCCGAGCUGAUCACGCUAAUACCGGAGAAUCAUAAGACGAACAACGAUCCCAAGAUCUCGCUGAUCCUCAAAUGCUUGAAGAGCGCCGAUUGCAUUUAUAAGGGUUUGCAAGAACUUAAUUACAAUUUCCAGACCAUUAUAUUGCCGGAAGCGAUGAAGACUAUCAUCACGGAGGAGCCAAGCGUUAUGCGAAUGAUGGGCGAGCUCAGCGAGAUCAUAAUAAUGACCGGGAUACCUCUCGGUGACAUUUUGGCGCAGCUCGAAAUGCAUCUUCGAUUCACCGUGAUGGAGAUGGAGAGUCCACACGCAAUGAUACAGGGUAUAGUGGCUAAUAUGAGAUUGCGAUUCGAGGCGUUAUUGUCGCGACCGGCGGAGGUUCAGGACUUGAAUCAGGAGGAAACUUUGACCCCGGGUCAAAUGCUGUUAAUGGGCUUCAACGGCCUGUUCGAGAAACUGCAGAUGGAAGGUAAUGCCUUGGUGGCCACUUUGAGCUCGCUAGACAUUCCGGUAAAUUGGAAGAAGAUCGAUCAGAUACGCGAGGCUAAAGAGAUGUCGGCGCCCAUCUUCAACAAGGCAGCCAGACAAGUUCUAGAGGAUAUAUUCCUGAUUAAGAGAUUACACACGAUACAGGAAUUCUUCAUGAUGUGCAGAGAUAUUGCUACCGCGUUCAAGGGCGGAUUAGCGAAUGUAUACGAUGACGAACGACUCAACAAACCUGUCCGAGUGUUUACGGCUGAUUACGUUUCGAGGCAAUUGCUCGGGGUUACGUCGCAAACAUUGGCAAUCGCCUUGUGUUUCCUGUUGCAACGCAUGGGUCUGAACGUAACCACCGAGAUCGAACAAAGAGAUAUCGGAGCAGAAAGCAAGGUCUCGCUGGAGGAGUUAUGCCGAAAGAUGGUGGAUCUGUGCUUGAAGAAGGGAUUGUUCUCGGGCUCGACUUUAGCGCAAGCGGGCGCGUUAAGUAGCACGCUGGAAAGCGCCUGGCGACGGAAACAAGGCGCCAGACUAGCUCAACAAAGUGUCGAAGUGGCUAGAGCCAGUUUGCAGAGACUACAACUUCAGCUAAUGGCCCAUCAUUGGUUACACGAAGAUAUCAUGAUGCUGAGAUCCAACAUAAAUCCAAUGAAUCCUCUAAAUCGGUCCACCUUCAUGUUGGAGCUGCGAAAAACCGCGGCGGCGCUAUCGAAUUUGCAGUCGCGAGUAUGCGAGGCUCGCGAGCAACAACAGAACCUCGUCUCGAGCGCCGUACAACGUCUCAAGUGGGCCGCGGGUGCCAAUCCGGCUCUAGGCGAGGUCAUGUCCGCGUUUGACAACGCGGUGCUAUCAUCAUGCGAGAAAUUAACCAGGCAACACAAUCUAGCAGCCAUGGUAGUCAACACGUGCAAUUCUAUAUUACACUACGAGGCUCUGAGGACCAGAACUUCGGAGAGCGUGACGCACGAUGCCAACUUGGUCAAGCUAAUCAAACACUGGGAGGAGAGCUGCGUGCUGACAGUCAACUUGAACAUUACCGUUACUAUGACAGAGGAAAGCCUCGUGCAGUUAUUGCAGCUGGAGAACAGCGUGGAUACCGCGUGGCUGAAGCAAGCCGAGAAGAUCGUGUCCGAGGCGAUAGUUGACACCCAGAAGAAACUGCAAGAGAAACAGGAGGCUCUUUUUGCCGCCGAGGAUUAUUUGAGAGAGCGAAUCAAAAAUCUACAGAAUGUGCUCGCCGAACAUCAUCGUCUUAUGUCAGACGUUAGAGUACUGUUAAAAACGAUGGUGAAACAGGAGAACAUCGACGGCCUGCAGGACUUUUUAUCCGCCUACCGUUCCUUCACGGAAAGCGUAUCAACGAUCGUCAAGGAAUUGGAGUCCAAUAAUUUCGAUUCGGUUCGCGGCGUGGCGAUCAAGAACGAGUUGGAGACGAUGGCAAUUAAAGCACCCAGUUUGUACAAUCAACUGUUGGAGUUUGCGAGCGAGCGCAAGCUGGAAGCUCCGACGAAGGGCGCAGAAAAGCCGGAGAGUCUGAGGAAGAAGGGUAGCAGACUGGUACGACAGGAGAGCGUCUGCCUGAGUCCCAGGAAAGGAACACUAUUAGCCAGAGACCCGACUACAGGCAAAGCUGUACAAGAGCGGAACGCUUACGCGUUGAGCGUGUGGCGUCGAGUGCGCAUGAAGCUGGAGGGACGCGAUCCUCAACCAACGCGCAAGUACACCACGGCCGAGCAGGUGGAAUACGUGAUACGCGAAGCGCUGAGCAACGAUAACCUCGCCUUGCUGUACGAGGGCUGGACACCGUGGGUCUGAACGAAUAGCGGUUGGCGCUCGCGCGUCCCGAUGGCUCGACAUUCGUCUUACACGACGGUACUCAAGCUCGUACCGUCGCAUCUAUGUCAUCCUACAUUGCCGUAGGAGGCAAACCACUCCGCUCGAAACCAGAUAUGGCGGAGUGUCAUCCGGGGAAACAAGCCAAUCAAGAAACAAGUCGGUUUUUCAGGAUCAACCUCUCCGGCGCGACAACUGAAAACCCACUGUGCUGAUUGCUGAUUCUGUAAUUGUCCCAAAAACCAAGGCUGCCGCGAUCUAUUAGUUACUUGUGAAUCUCUAACGGGUGUCUCCUCUUUCUUUAUGUCUUUAUUUUUCUUUUUCUUCUUUUUUUUUUGUUUCGUCUUGCGAGGGAAGAAGGCGAAUAUUCUUUUGGGAGCCACGAGUUUUUGGGGGGAGCAUAGAAUCAGUCAUGUCCUUACGCUAACGGUGUAGUCGCGAGAAGUUCGGCUGACGAUAUAUUGACGGGAAAGUCCGAUGAUAAUGAUGAAAGUCUCGAUCGUAGCGACGAUCCCAAUUGCAAUGUAAUUUGCACAACACGUCGUAGAUAGUGUCAGGGAUUAGAAGGCCUGGCAUUCUUCAAUCGAGGCAUUUGAAUCGAUUUUUCGUACCGAUGUUUUCAUUUUUAGAUGAAUGUACACGAACAUGUAUAACACACAGACGUGAAUUUGAUGAUUAAUUCGACGAGGGGUCCGAGAUCAUGUAAACGCAACAUUAUUUUCCAAUGGGAUGAAACAGGAUGAGAGACGAAAUUUUCAAAAUAUAUCUGCGACUCGAUAGAAAAAUAGUCUAUUAUUAUUAUCAUUAAGUUAUCGUAUGUAACUGAAUACGUUGAAAUCGGCGCAUAUGUAUAUAAAACAACACACGUACCCGGAUA